AUUCCCUGAUAACAUUUGCUACCCCUUUUUCUCAUGUGCUCCUCACCAUUUCCUAACACCUAUUUAAGUGCCCCAAGUGGCAAGAAACUUAAGUAUCCAUUCCAACAUUGUGGCAGCUCCCUCUGAAAUCCCCUCUUCCAAUCAUAUCCACCAGCUCACAGUUUGUGAUCCACUAUGACUAUCCUCCUUGUCAUUCUUGGGCUUCAUCUCUGCAGCCUACACCUCCCUGCAAUCUCUGCUGCAGCAGACACGCUCUCUCCCGGCCAAUCGAUCGCCGGCGACGACAGGCUCGUCUCCAGCAACGGCAAGUUCGCGCUCGGCUUCUUCAACACCGGCAGUAAGUCCUCUGGAAAUGACACUCUCAGCUACUGGUACCUAGGCAUAUGGUUCAACAAAGUCCCAAACAAAACCCAUGUUUGGAUAGCAAACAGGGGUAGCCCGGUCACAGAUGCAACCUCAUCACAUCUCACAAUCUCCCCCGAUGGCAACCUCGCCAUCGUAAGCCGAGCCGAUAGCUCCAUCGUUUGGUCUAGCCAAGCCAACAUCACAAGCAACAACACCGUUGCCGUGCUCUUGGACACCGGAAACCUUGUACUACAAAGCUCCUCAAACUCAUCACACAUUUUGUGGGAGAGUUUCGACCAUCCGACCGAUGUUUUCCUCCCCAGUGCGAAGAUUGGUCUCAACAAGAUCACCGGCCUAAACCGCCGUAUCUUUUCGAGAAGGGAUCUAGUAGACCAAUCCCCAAGUGUGUACUCUAUGGAGUUUGGACCCAAGGGUGGUUACCAGUUGGUAUGGAACUCAUCGGUAGAAUACUGGUCUAGCGGCGAAUGGAACGGCCGGUACUUCAGCAGGAUACCGGAGAUGGUAGUCAAGUCACCCCAUUAUACCCCAUUCAUUUUCCAAAUCGAAUAUGUGAACAAUGAUCAAGAGGUGUACUUCACAUACCGCAUACACGAUGAAACCAUACCACUGUACACCGUGCUAGAAGUAACUGGGCAAAGAAAGGCCUUGGCCUGGUUAAAUGACACACAGGGUUGGCAAGCAGUCUUCACCCAUCCAAAUGAUCAGUGUGAAGUUGCUGCUACCUGUGGGCCUUUCACAAUCUGCAAUGACAACACAUUUCCAUCUUGUAGCUGCAUGGAAGGCUUCUCCAUAGAAUCACCUGACAGCUGGGAACUAGGAGACAGAACAGGUGGGUGCAGGAGGAACAUUCCAUUAGAUUGUGUUAGCAGCAGAAGUGACAUCUUCAACGCUGUACCGGCCACUAGAUUGCCCUACAAUGCCCAUGCCGUAGAAUCCGUCACGACUGCGGGCGAAUGCGAGAGUAUUUGCCUUGGCAAGUGCUCUUGCACGGCAUAUUCAUUUGGUAAUUACAAUGGUUGCUCCAUAUGGCAUGGUAAAUUGGUUAAUGUGAAACAACAAACUGAUGACAGCACCUCUGCUAAUGGAGAAACACUUCACAUUCGCCUUGCUGCUAGAGAGCUUCAAGCUAGAAAAAGCAAUAAAGGGUUAGUUGUAGGGGUUGUUGUAUCUGCAAGCCUCUCUGCUUUGGGUAUCUUAACACUUGUCUUGCUACUGAUCAUGAUCAGGAGGCACAGAAAGAAGUUGCACUGUCAAGCAUUGAACAGCAUUUAUGCUGGUACUGGAGUUAUACCAUUCAGAUAUAGUGAUUUGCAACGUGCAACUAAAAAUUUUUCGGAGCAAAUUGGGGCAGGUGGUUUUGGUUCUGUGUUCAAGGGGUUGUUAAACGGGUCAACCGCUAUAGCAGUGAAAAGGCUUGUCUCCUAUUGUCAAGUGGAGAAGCAAUUCAGGGCUGAGGUGAGUUCCAUUGGAGUCAUUCAUCACACCAAUUUGGUCAAACUGAUUGGUUUCUCUUGCAAGGGUGAUGAGAGGUUGCUUGUUUACGAAUACAUGUCGAAUGGCUCCCUUGAUACUCAUUUAUUCAGAAGCAAUAACAGUGUAACCCUGAAUUGGAGUACUAGAUAUCAGAUAGCUCUUGGAGUUGCUCGAGGACUGGCUUACUUGCACGAGAGUUGUCGAGAUUGCAUCAUACAUUGCGAUAUCAAGCCACAAAACAUACUUCUCGAUGAUUUGUUCGUUCCAAAAAUUGCUGACUUUGGAAUGGCAAAGCUUCUAGGAAGGGAUUUUAGUCGGGUUAUGACUACAGCAAGAGGAACUAUUGGAUAUCUAGCACCUGAAUGGUUUAGCGGAGUGGCUGUCACGCCAAAAGUUGAUGUGUAUGCUUAUGGAAUGGUACUCUUGGAAAUUAUAUCUGGAAAGAUGAACUCGCAUAGAGAGUCUAAUAGUUAUGCUGAUCACAUCGUUUGUUUCCCUCUUGAAGUUGCACAUAAGCUUCUUGAGGGGGAUGUUCUAAGCUUGGUUGAUGGCAAAUUAAAUGGCGAUGUCAAUGUCGAGGAGGCUGAAAGAGCUUGCAAGCUUGCAUGUUGGUGCAUUCAAGAGAAUGAACUUGACCGGCCGACAAUGGGUAAGGUGGUCCAAAUUCUUGAAGGUCUACUCGAACUUGAUUUGCCCCCGAUGCCAAGGCUACUUCAGUCUAUAGUACAGAGCUCAUGGAAAACAGAGACCCAACACUGAUUUGUAAUGCCAAAAGAAGUGCUAGGAUAAAAUAAUGUCUUUCCAUGGCUUUUUUGUGGCAUAUGUUGGUAUGAAGAGAGUUUUAGCUUGUAAUGCCUUGUGUGCUAUGUUGAUGAUUUUGGACAUGUUGUGCCAUAAGAUGUUAUAUGCUCCGUUUAUAAACACGCAGUUACAAGUGUACACAAUUUGCUUUA